AUGUCACAACACCCCUCCUCUUUGGUGUCUCUUUCCCAGCCAUACCACCCUUUUCUUGCAAUGCCGACCUUUAACAACAGCAUCUAUACUACCAGCAACAACAGAAUCCCACGCAUAUUUUCAACAACGCCGCGUCAUUACUAUGAAUCAAGUGACCCAAAAGCUCACCACAUUAGUUCUAAGUCUUAUAAUAGCAGCAAUAACAACUACAACAAUAACUAUAGCAGCUUGUCUUUUCCCAACUAUGCAAAUAACUUGCACGCGUCUGACACUUCUAUCAGUUUACCACCUAUCGAUAUUGUUAUUAACAAGAAGCUAUCGUCGAGAAAUUGGCCUGAAACUUUAGUUAGUGAGAAUAAUUCUCCUCCGAUUCACGAGAUUUCCUCGAAUAGUAGCCGACGAAGCAGUAAUUCGGGUAGUAGCAUUGGAUCGAUUGGUUCAGAUCCACCCGCUUUGAUCAAUAUUUAUCACAAUAAUCCACCAUCACGUCAUAUUGAUCGUUAUCAAUCAUCAUCAUCAGCAGCAAUAAAUCCUUCGUCAGCCACAUCUAGUGGAAAUAAUGGUGGCGAAAUUUCUAAUCGUCACCCGGAAAAUACUCCUCAACAAAUAUUAAGGCACAAUAAAGGUUUGCGACAUAUUAGCAAACUAGUAUGUGAAAAAGUAGAAAGAAAAGGAACAACAAACUAUAUUGAGGUUGCAGAUGAACUCGCUGAGGAAUUUGCCUUACAAUCCCAAGAUAAUAGUCACAAAGUUGACCAAAAAAAUAUUCGGCGCCGAGUAUAUGAUGCACUAAACGUGCUUACGGCGAUGAGCAUUAUAACAAAGGAUAAGAAGGAAAUUCAAUGGAUCGGAUUCGGUGAUUACAACAUCACCCAUGACAACAAUGACCCUGAUUACAGUAACACCCGUGUCAAUAACGACAGAGAUGAUCCAAGUCCCUCUGUGACGAAUAAUAGCAGUGCCGAACAGGAAAGGGAGAUUGAAGAAUUGGAGCGUGAAAUUGAGCUUGCAACACAAAAACGGAAUAAAAUCAAAAUUGAGAUACAAGCUAAAACUAACCAUCACAUGUUUGUUAAGAUGCUCGCAGAAAGAAAGAUGCUCGCAGAAAGAAAUGCGUCUCAACGCAAUAAUCCUCAGGUGAAUAACGGAAAAAUUUUUCUUCCGUUGAUGAUCAUAAAGUGUCCACAGGACACAGAAUGUGAUAUUGAAGUGUCACAAGAUGAUGACGCCUUGCACAUACUUCGUUUCUCGCGUGAACCCGAAGUUAUUCUAGAUACAAGUGUUCUGCAGGCACUUGUUCCUGAAAACCAAAAUGAUGAAGUACCGACUUCGUGGGUUUCUUCGUGUUCGCAUUCUCCAAAUCCUCCUCACUACCACCAAAAUCGACAACAACACCCAAAUUCUCAUUUUCUUAUGAACAUCCCGAGUAAUAGUGAUGAUGGUAAAGAUAACGAAGGCGAAAAUAGUUAUUAUCGUCGAAAUAGCAGCAUUAUAAGCAAUAGUAGUCAUAGUAUUCAAAGUUUAGAUCAACAUCAUUAUCCUAAUGAAUUUUUCAAUACAUCAAGGAAUGUCGAAAGUCACCAACUAAACAAUGUUGUUGUCGGGCGUUAA